AUGGUCAAGAAGCGCACGACCGGCGCGGGGCCAAUCGAUACCUCCUCGGCUGUCAAGGCGACUGCCGCUGCUGCGGUUCAGGGCAACGACAACGACGGCGACGGCAGUGACCAACGCCACCACGACCUCGCCCUCUUUCGACAGGCCCUCGCCGCGUGCCUGCCCCGUCACUGCUCGUCGACCCGCGCAGAUGGGCUUCGGACCGGCGGCAAGGUCUUCGACGCGUACGGCGACGCAGACGACGUCGAGCUACUGGACGACGCCGUGGACCACGUCUGCCUCGACCUCGCCGCUGACACGCUCGAUGCGCUCCUGGGCCAAGCCAAGUCCGCAGCGACCGUCGGAACGGACGCCGGCGGCCUCUAUGACGGGACGCUGUCCAGCAUCGACGGCCACCCGCUCAGCGCCGCCAUCUCGGACGCCGCGCUCGAGAUCCUCGCGCUCGACUCGGUCGAUCCUGCCCUCGUCCUCUCAGAGACGCUCGACGAUUACAUCGACCUGCUCGCAGCCCAGGCCGCCGACGACGGCAUAGACGGGCAGGCGGGCAGCUACGGCAGGGAGAGCAAAAAGGGAGAGCUCGGCGAGUGCCAGCUCUGCGAGAGGAGGAUGAUGCUGACCGCGCACCACCUGAUACCCCGAGAGACGCACGACCUCCUCCUCAAGCGCGGCGUCUAUACCAAAAAGGAGAUGCAGACCCGCAUCGCCUGGCUCUGCCGCCCCUGCCACACCGCCGUGCACAACCACAUCCCCACGUCGGUCCUCGCCGCCGACUACAACACCGUCGAAAAGCUGCUUCAGCACGAGGGCGUCUACAAGUGGGCACGGUACGCCAGCAGGCUAAAGGAAAAGGAUCGCGCGUUCAAGGGCACCGGACUGCGGGAAAAGCGGUGA